AUUUUUCUAUUCUUUUUUUUACCUGUUAGACAUCAUGUCAAACAUCUAUGCACUUGAACCUCAAACAAAUGCCAAAGUUAUUUUACAUACAACUUCAGGCGAUAUAGAAAUUGAACUUUGGGGUAAAGAAGCACCCAAAGCAACACGUAACUUUAUCCAACUCUGUUUGGAAGGUUAUUACGAUGGCACCAUUUUUCAUCGUAUUGUUCCCAACUUUAUUGUUCAAGGUGGUGAUCCUACAGGCACAGGACAAGGUGGUGAAUCUAUUUAUGAAGACGAAGGAUUUCCUGAUGAAUUUCAUUCAAGACUUCGAUUCAAUCGACGUGGUCUUGUAGGCUUGGCUAAUACAGGUCAAAACGACAAUGGAUCUCAGUUCUUUAUCACACUCGAUCGAGCCGAUGAAUUGACACGUAAACACACUCUUUUUGGUCGUGUAGCAGGCGAAACCUUGUUUAAUGUGAUGAAAAUGACUGAAUUGGAAUUGGAUGAGAAUGAGAGACCAUUGUAUCCACCUCGUAUUCGAUCUGCUGAAGUUGUUUUGAAUCCAUUUGAUGAUAUUUUGCCUCGUAUCACAGCAGAAGAGAAGCGUGUGGCUAAAAUGAUGGAAAAGAAGAAAUUAGAAGCAGAACAAGCAAAGAAGAAGAAGAAAGGAUUGAAAAAACAAUUGAAUUUGUUGUCGUUUGGUGAAGAAGCAGCUGAAUUGGAACCACCUUCAACAGAAAAGACAAAGAUGAAAAGUACGUAUGAUUUCAUGGAGAAUGCAGCACCUCCGCCUAGUGAUUUAAUGCAAGAAUUAAGCCAGCCUAUCAUUGAACCACCUAAAAAAGAAGAAAAUAAACAAAGAAUGGAAGAUAAACUAAAGGAAAAAGUAAAGCAAAUGGAAGAAAAGAGAAAAAAAGAAAAAAAGAAGCAACAAGAAGAAAAGAAACUUGAACCUGUUGUACAGGAAUCCACAGAAGAUGCAAUUGAGAAACUAAAGAGAGAUAUUCGCAGUAUUUCUAAGCCUGUAGAAGAAGCACCUCCAGUGAUCCUCAAAGAAAAGAAGAAGUCAUUGGUUGCCUUAGAAAGGGAAAAAUAUGCUUCACAACAACCCAAGAAAAAGAAGACAAAAUCCAAUAAAAUAGAUGAUAGUGAUGUACUGGAUAGAUUGAUGGCUUUUACGAAAAAGUUAUCAGAUGUUGGACCUGCUUCUGAAGCACCUAAAAAAGAACAAAAGAUAUGUAAAUUACACGAUAUUCCUAACUGUGAAUCUUGCUUUGAUCCUUCUGUAUUCAAUGAUGAAAACGAAACUGACGAAGGAUGGAUUUCACAUCGUCUUGUUUUUGAUAAAGACCUGAAGGGCAAAGAUUUAAUGCAACGUAAAGAAACAGUAGAUGAUUAUGUAGUCAUUGAUCCCCGAGACAGAGAAGCACAGGCUAAACAGGAAGAAUAUGAAAGAAAGCGGUCUAUCAAGUCUAGAAAAAGAGACCGAGAAGAGAGAAGAAAAUAA